GCUCCGAACGGUGUUUGAACAAGCGGAGAAGAGGCCAAAGAGAUCUGGGUUUUGUCCAGGGGGCUCAGGGUUUAAAUCUCUCCACAACCCCUUGAGCUCAUUUUCCCGGUGACCUGGCUGGGUACAACCGCUCGCCCUGCCUGUUACAAAUCUAACACUUCGCUCUUGAGGAUUCUUUCAGUUGCACAGCCUAUCCUUUAGCAAGAAUGGAGGCGAUCAAGAAGAAGAUGCAGAUGCUGAAGUUAGACAAGGAGAAUGCCAUCGACAGGGCGGAGCAGGCUGAGACGGAUAAGAAGGCGGCUGAGGACAAAUGCAAACAGGUAGAGGAUGAGCUGGUCGCUCUGCAGAAGAAGUUGAAGGGAACCGAAGAUGAGCUGGAUAAGUACUCGGAGGCUCUCAAAGACGCCCAGGAGAAGCUGGAGCAGGCUGAAAAGAAGGCCACCGAUGCGGAAGGUGAGGUGGCGGCUCUGAACAGACGCAUCCAGCUGGUGGAAGAGGAGCUGGAUCGCGCCCAGGAGCGCCUGGCCACAGCCCUGCAGAAACUGGAGGAGGCUGAGAAAGCGGCUGAUGAGAGCGAGAGGGGAAUGAAGGUUAUCGAGAACAGAGCCAUGAAAGACGAAGAGAAAAUGGAAAUUCAGGAAAUGCAACUGAAGGAGGCGAAGCACAUUGCAGAAGAAGCUGACCGCAAAUACGAAGAGGUUGCUCGGAAACUGGUUAUUUUGGAGGGUGAACUGGAAAGAGCUGAGGAGCGCGCAGAGGUGUCCGAAGUUAAAUGUAGCGACCUGGAGGAGGAGUUAAAGAACGUCACCAACAACCUGAAGUCUCUGGAAGCUCAAUCUGAAAAGUACUCGGAAAAAGAAGAUAAAUACGAAGAAGAAAUCAAGAUUCUCUCUGACAAGCUUAAAGAAGCUGAAACUCGUGCUGAAUUUGCGGAGAGAACAGUUGCCAAACUGGAAAAGUCUAUCGAUGACCUGGAAGAAAAACUCGCUCAAGCCAAAGAAGAGAACCUGGGGCUGCACCAGACACUGGACCAGACGCUGAACGAACUGAACUGUAUAUGAGCAGCCGAGUCCCCGCGGCCGGGGGGAGCGGGAGCGGAACCCCCCCGAUCCCCACCGCUGUGGCCGGGAAACGGCUCCUAAAUUAUGACCGGUCCGGUGCCGGGGCCGUGGGGUGAAGUCCCGCCGAGGGACCCGCCAGCCCCGUGUCCGGGGCCGCGUCCCCCGUUAAUGUUUUUCUACAGCCCGCAGCUGCUCCCCCUGCGCUGCCACCGACGUUUCAUAUUAAACGGUUUCUCUCA